GAAUUACUAUGAAGGUCGAAAGCAGACUGCAAUAAAGCCAAAACGCUCGUAGAUUGUGGAGCAUACGAAAAAAAAGAGAUAGGCAUUUCCAUCUGAACAGAAUACUGGAAGAAAUUGUGACACCACGCUUUCAGAAUGUUGGGCAUGAAAAUGUCAGGAAAGAAUUCCCAUCUGAAGAAAUUGUGACGUCAGUGAUCGACGGAAAGUCAUACCUAAAUAUAUACUGCCGGCAGAAAGUACACUCAUGAAUAAUGGACUUAGACACGUCAAGGAAUCAAUAAACAGGCAAUCUACAAUAAAUGGUUGCCUACACGUGCUUGUCUGUGAAAAGCACGUUCCUAUUCUGCCAUGGGAAGUCAUACAACUGUAUCGAGUUUUAAAAGAACACUGUUUGCAUGAACUCUUGAUCGCCAUAGAAUAUUGUUACAUAAUAUAUUGUAGUAAUAAGGGACUACACAUACUUGUCUGAUCAUUAUCAUUCUUGCUAUGCGGUGAAUACGAGGAUAAUACACUUAUACGGAGAAGCGCUAGAGAAUAAUUGCACGAAAGACGGAUGUAUGAAGGGGACACUCAUGUACUUGUCUAUAACGUAAGGAUCGGAGUCAUAUUGUACGUACAUUGUGGGAAAUUAUGCAUGCAGGAGUCCCCGGGGAUGAAUUACAUGUGCUUGGCGAUACAUGAUUGAUAUUCUUAGGAAAUAUACUACUAGUAUUGAAGUGACUGGGAUGAGGAAGUAUUAUACUGCAUAAUUUAAGGCCACGUUUCAACAUCGAAAGAACGAUCUUGCGGUCAAACGACAAAAAAAUCCGGAAAACAAAAUCCUCUUUCAUAUGCAGUUUCACAAUACAGCCUGUAUUAAAGACGAACAUACAGUGAGAGACAUGGACAGCCGUUUGGGAUAUUCAGUACUCAGGAAUUUUGACUAUUCCCAACCAUUUGAAGAAGGUGUUUUAAACCGAGGAAGACACUGUCAUAACAAUGCACAUAUCGUCAGCAAAACGUGCCUAGAUUUAUUCUUGCCAACUUCUGCUGUAACGACGACGUCCGAGCACAAGGCGGUGCGUAGUGAUCGUCGUGUGUGUGAAGAAUCGCCAAACAAGGGAUGGGAGGGUUCAACAUCUUCUCUGGACAGCAAGUGCAUUUCAGGCGGGAAAGAGACUUUGAUAAAAGAUCAAAGAAAUAUAAGAAGCGAGGAGGUAGAAUCGACUGCCUCCUCUUGCACAAGUGGCCUUAACACCACUCCAAAUGAUCUAACUUCUUCCGACGAAAUUGUAAAACAGCGUUAUAUAAAUGGCGCAAUCGGAGGCAAGCGACCACGCCCACCACCCCUUGUGGUGUUCGCAUACGGUGGAGGAUGGCGACGAGGCGACAAGCAAACCUGGCGCCACUACAUAUCACGAUGGGAAUGCAACUUUAGCCUGGCGGCCCUGGUCGGCUGUGACCGCUUAUACAGCAACAUCGGAGAGAGUUUUGCCAGUCAGGGAUUUGCUUGUGCUGUCCUAUCCUAUCCGAUCGCACCAACCCCGUGGUUUAUUCAUCUCAUCGAGAUGGCGAUAUCAUUGGCGUACGCCCUCGCCUACUGGAUUCUAGUAGCUAUCUUCCUUCUGUUAGUCUUGGAGGUCUUGCCAAUGGGUUACUUUUGGGGCAUUCCUCCAAGAGUUCCAGCCAUCCCUCUAAUAGCAGGGGUGAUUACAGUAUCACAAUGGAUUACUCUUGCGAUCAUGAUCUCUCGCGAGUUAUACUUGGACAGGCAACAUCUCUCAGACAAGAGCAAGACAAUGUCACUAAAAAUGCCAAUUUUUAUAGCACUUGCAGCAACAUUCGCGAUGGUGUCAAGACUAGACAUUUACACAUUGGCAGAAAACAAUGUUCUCUCACUUUUACUCUCAGGAAUACUACUUCUUGCCGUUCAAUGCCUAAUCUUCUAUUUUAGGCAGUCAACGACCUUUGACCUUGGGCCCAAACUGGUUACCACAGCGAAGGGUCAAGUGGAGUGCAUAUCUCAUGCUUUGAGGUGGCUUGUAGACUAUGGACGGUCAACCGGGCGCUUUGAUCCAGAAUCAUUGGUCCUCAUGGGUCACUCGGCUGGUGGACAUCUGGUGACCCUUAUAGCCCUUGACCAUCACUAUCUGACUGAUGUUGGAAUAUCUCCAGAUGUUAUUAAGGGUGUCAUCACUUUGUCAGCUGUGCAUGAUCUUCUGAGUAUAAGCAAAGGAUUCUUCUAUCAUAUCUACCUAAAGCCAGCAUUUGGAACAGAUCCUUCUUACUGGGCAACCAUGUCACCAAUUGAAUACGUCAAGCAGCUUGAUGAGAAUAAGAAUGCACCUUCUGCUGCAAGCCAGUCUUCAUUAUAUUCAUCAAGGUCAUCUGUAGGGGAAUCGUCGUCUGCAUCAUCUUCUUUGUCAACGAUAUUGCCAUCAACAAACUCGGUCUCAUCAUCCCCACCAUCCUCCUCCUCGUCAUCACCACCAUCGUCAUCAUCAUCCCCAUCAUUACCAUCACCAUCUACACUCUCAUCUGCAUUUCCAACAUCACAACUACCUGUAAAACCAAAAUUUCCAUCUCAAUCACAAAUCCAAACAUCAUCAACAUCAUUAUCAUCAUCAUCAUUACCACCAAAAAUGGCACAAACUCUAUCAACCGUUCCCCGACCCCACUUCCUCAUCAUCAGUCCUGCUCAGGACUUUGUCUUCAUGAUCAAGGAUGCCGACAGGAUGUGCUCUGUUCUAACCCAGAAUGGAUACACAGCCCAUAGGAACUUAAUCCAGGGGUGUGGUCAUUUCAACAUGGUGAGGAAGUUUGGUUGCCCUUGGUAUCGGUACUGGACCGGUGUCCUCCGGCAGGAAGGAGGAUGGGCACCUACUGCAGGGGAAUUGAUGUGUUGGGAGUUUGUCAAACAGUUUUGGAACAAGGAAAAUAAUACUCCUCAAUAAUCACCACAAUUCUCUGCACAUCAGGACAUGAACUUAUAUUCUCUAUACCGUGUGUUCUUCAAAAGAAUGGAAGAUAAACUAUGAAUCUCUCAGUAAUGACAUUCAACCAUGGUUGAUAUAUGUGAUAGUUGCGAACAAAGCAGAAAAUUUUGUUUACUCUUGAAUUUUCAAAUAAUUGAAAUAAUAAUAAUCUACAAAGAUAAUUGGAUAAAAUUUCAUUUGUAUUCUGUUCUAAUAUUCUUGUGUUCUUUGAAAGCAAGGAAGAACUUCCAACUACCUAGUGAUUUUAUAGGUGGGGAGUUUAUUCUACAGAAUAGGAAUAAGGGGUAUAGUUUAAAUCCAUAAUAUUCAACAUAUAUCUAAUCUCCUAUGAAAAAAAGAUACCAAUGCAGACUUUUCAUAAUUCAUAAUAUAACUGUCAUUUAAUACACACAUGAUACUUUCAAAUCUUUCAAAUGUCAUAAAAAUAUAAUUACAAAUCCACCACAAGAUAUUGUGUAUUGAAAAGUUUCUUAGGAAUACAAGCAUAAAGAAGAGAUACACUAUUCCAGAAAUAAACCAUCUAAAAGUGACACAGAUGUAAGAAAUACCAAGCAAGAUUGAGCUCUUUAUAAUUCAGUUUUAAAUCAAAGUUGUGACAUUUUUCUUGAUUCAGAGAGGCAAACCAUUUUGCCAAUAAACCAUUGCUAACUGCAUCAUUAUUGCUUUCAAAUGUUAACAAAAGAUGAAUAAAUAAUGGACUUGGUCCCUUAUAGAAAUUUGACAUAUCUUGUAUUCAUUAAUAAUCCUAACUAAUGGAAGCUUGUUAACAAUAUCGAUCCACUUUCAAAUUUUGUCUGUCAUGACAUGAGUGAAUACUUCCAGGAUGUCUUUCUUUGGUGUUUUACUGUAUACCCCAAAGUGAAACUAUUUGCUAUUAUUUAAUAUAGUCUUUCAGAAUGCAGAGAAGAUAUUUAGAACAUGUACGAAGAUAUCGCCUCUGAAAGUUUGUUUGCAUAUUAAGCAAUUGGAUAUUUGCACUUUAAUUUUUAAAAGUACUUUUGAUUUUAACUUUCAUGCAUUCCUUCUGUGUUCUGUAGUAAUGGUUUGGUUAAUGUUUGAUCGCAUCAGUGAUUAAAAAAUAGACUUCACAGAAAGCCUUUUAUCAUCUUGCAGAAAGAGCACAUGAUCAACAGACUGCAAAGUGCAAAUAUACCACAACUCAGAUUUUGUACAAUAUAAAUGUGACAUUGGUACAAAGUAUAAAUAUAGCAAACAUUUAAUGCAUUAAAUCAGUAAUACUAUUAAUUAUAUGAAAAUACUUUGUUAUAUUCUGAUUGAAUUAAGCAUUUAAUGCUAGUUAAAUAAAUGUGAUAUAUCUGUCGCAUCAUUUGAUUUAUUAAUUGAAAGUAUAAGAACAGAUUUUGUAAUGUGACCUAUGUGUGACCUAUUAAGGGAUCUAUUAUUUCUUCAAAACCCUUUAAAUGAGAGACAGUCAAGCACUAAUCUUUGAAAUGAAAACGUUAAUGUAUACACCAAUGUUAGGCAUGACCGAGAAGGUAAUCCGACUUAACCCCUUUAUGCUAUAUGUUAUUCUACUGUAAUUAACCUUAACUACAUCAAGAUAUGUUUUGAGAAAUCACCACCAAUUAAACUUAAUAUAAUAAAAAUUGGAAAUAAAUAUGGUAUACGCCAUUUGGAGCAAGUUUUGAUAAAUGAUUAAAUACUAUUGUCCACAUAUAGAACUGUUUCUGCCUACCAUUAGGCAUAUGGGUUGAUAUAUGUAUAUUAAAUUUAACAAUUAUUGCAAGCUUUCAACUUAAUUUUGUCAAGAAUUUGUUUAAAUCUGUAAACUGCUGUAUGGAUUAAAUACAGAAUGGAUAGAGAUUUCAUCUUUUUUCAGACACA